AUGUUGGAUAUGUGGGAAUUGGCGAAAAGAAAAAUACGAGAAAAUGAGGAUAAAACUGCGAAAUUUAACGAACCGAUGGAUGAAAAGGCAGAUGAUGGUGCUCCUCGAAGAACAACGACUCACAUCGUCAUGUGUGGAGUAUCACAAUCGGGAAAAUCCACUUUGGUGAACAAAUUCUUGGAUAGAAAUGAAGAACCGAAGGAAACAACAGCGCUGGAAUAUAUCUAUGCGAGAAGGACCAGAGGAAAUCACAAAGAUGUUUGUCACAUAUGGGAAUUGGGAGGAGGAACGAAAUUUGCACAAUUGCUUGCGAUACCGUUUGUCAAGAAAAAUAUCGAAUCAGCUUCACUGACUGUGGUUCUGGAUUUGACUCGACCAAAUGAACUGUGGGCCACUAUGGAGCAGCUGAUGACUGCUGCAUAUCGAUACGUGGAGGCUGCAAUCAAGGAAUUGGAUCAACAGCGGCAGGAGGUCUUGAAGAAUCGCAGCACGUCGAGGACUUCCGAGUACAAGGCAAGGACAUCUUGUAUGUUACCAUUAGCUAAGGUUUUAGCUGCUGAAAUGAAUUAA